AUGGAGAUUUUCAAAAAACAUGAACAUCUCUCAAAAGUAAAGCAAGAGCUCUGGAAGCUUGAGACACAACAGGGGGUGCAGGAAAUGCAGAAUUGUGUUCUUGACGACAAGGUAGCGGAGCUCCGGAAAGGCAUGCAGCGGAUCCAGACAGAUAUCUCCCUAUUACUUGGGCAUGAGGCUGCGUCCGUUAAAACUUUGGGCGACGUCUUGGAGUUGAAGAAAAAGGAAAUCGACGUCGAGUUUGAUGAAAAACUUACCCACAUCAAGGUCCAGCUUGUAAACGAGAUUGAGACCUCUGUGUCCGAGAUGAAACAGAAAGACCUGGCCCGGAAGGAAAUGCUUCUCUCGCAAGUGUCCGAAUUGCAAGAGCAAAUCAACUCUAGCCCUGCGGAGCUCAAGAAACGUAUUGCAGAUUUCGAGGAAGACCAGGAAAAUCGGGUAUCUUCUCUCCGGAAAUGCGCAGACUCAAAAGUAGCUUCCAUUCAAAGCCAGACUCAUGAUCUAAUGCAAAAUAUCGCGAAAAAGCAAAAGCUCCAGAAAUCUUUGCAAGACACCUUGCAGAAAGACUUGAAGCGCACAGCAACGCAUUUUGAUACUACAUUGCAUGCGCUCCGACAAAAACAGAUCGAUAAGGAAUCGCAGAAGCAGGCUCUUCUGGACCAAAUCACCGCCAUUCAGUCGAGGGUCAAGUCACUCCAAAGCUCGGUGGAGAAGCAUGCCAACUGCAUAAGUUACUGUGAAGAUGCUGUCGGAACGUAUAGAGAAAAGUAUGGGGUACUUGAGGCUGAACGGAGGCUAUUGCACAACAAGCUCCAGGAACUCAAGGGAAACAUCCGGGUAUUUUGCCGUGUCAAACCUUGCAAAGAGGACUCACAGCAAUUGAUCCCAAUGCAAAUCUCGUCACAGGAAGAUUUGACUCCAGACGGGAAACAAGUGCUUGUCCUUGACCCUCGAAAUACCUCAUUCGACUACAGCGCCGUUUCUCUACGGGGUGCAUCCAUGAUGACCAAUGUCCCGGGGUCCCGCGGCUCUAGUCAAAGGUUUGAAUUGGACAGGGUUUUUGGUGCAGACGCGCAAAAUAGCGACAUUUUCUUGGAAAUUUCUCAGCUCGUCCAGUCCUCUCUAGAUGGCUUCAACGUGUGCGUGUUUGCUUACGGGCAGACCGGCUCUGGAAAAACAUGGACCAUGUCCCACGACACAGACGGGAUGAUACCGCUCUCCAUCGCCAAGAUCUUUUCGGACAUCGAGGAGCUAACGGCUCAGGGCUGGGAGUAUACUAUCGACGGGCAGUUUGUGGAGAUAUACAACGAGCUGAUCAUCGACUUGCUUGGAAGAGGGAACAAAGAUUUCAAAAGGGAGAUCAAACAUGACGACACUGCCAAACAUACGACCAUCACCAACUGCACCGCUGUUCGCCUACAGUCGCGUGAUCAAGCGCUUGAAAUCCUACUGAAAGCCACCUUGAAUAGGUCUACCGCCUCGACUUUGAUGAAUAGCCGCUCCUCGCGCUCGCACUCUGUGUUUAUGCUCAAAAUUAGCGGCCGGAACGAAAAGUCAAACUCGACUUGCGAGGGCACCCUCAACUUGAUUGAUUUGGCUGGAUCUGAACGACUCAACUCGUCUCAGGCCAAGGGUGCGCGGUUAAAAGAGACACAGGCAAUUAACAAGUCGCUUUCGUCUUUGGGAGACGUAAUCCAAUGCUUAGGAGAACGCCAAAAAUACAGCAGGGAUAUCAAUCCAGCGCAUGUUCCGUACAGAAACUCCAAGUUAACAUAUCUUCUCAAGCACAGUUUGGGUGGUGACUCCAAAACUUUGAUGUUUGUCAAUGUCUCAGCAAAUGUUCAGAAUGUCAGCGAGACCAUCAAUUCUCUACGGUUUGCAAAGAAGGUGAAUGGCACCAAGUUAAAUUCUUCGGAUCGAGGACGUGCUACCUAG